AUGAGCAAAUACGAGCUUGUUUACCACGCUGGCAUCCCCGGGCGGGCAGAGUUCGUGCGCCUGUACUUGGAGGCGACGAGCACACCUUACGAGGACAAGGCUCUGACGGAGGGCCAGGACUGCAUCAAGCCGUAUGUGAGCGGCGAGUUCGAAGGUUCAGACACGAACCCUACUCCCUUCGCCGUGCCCGUCUUGAAGGAUGGCGACGUUGUCAUCUCGCAGACUGCCAACAUCCUCCUCUACCUCGCGACACGCAUCUCUACUCCUCUCGACCUCGAAGGCGGCGAGAAGGACGACGAUCGAGCAACGAAGAAGGCCAAGUCGUCGCCGGCAAGCUUCGACAACCCGGACACCUUCCAUACGAACGCCCUCACUUUGACAAUUCUCGACCUCAACAACGAAGUGCACGACACGCACCAUCCCGUCAGCGUCAUGUCGUACUACGAGGAUCAGAAAGAGGCGGCGAAGCAGAAGGCGGACGACGUGAGGAAGAACCGCAUGCCCAAAUUUCUCGCCAACUUCGAGAAGAACCUGGCUAAGUCGUCGAGCGGGUUCCUCCUCCCCUCCGGCCCAACCUACGCCGACCUCGCGCUUUUCCAGCUCGUCGAUGGUCUGAAGUUCGCCUUCCCCGCUCGCAUGAAGAAGCUCUUGCCCGACUACCCCAAGGUCGAGGCGCUGUACGAGCGCGUCAAGAAGGCUCCCAAGAUCAAGGCCUACCUCGAGAGCGACAGGAGGCAAAAAUACAGCUUGGGCAUCUUCCGCUAUUACGAGGAGCUCGACGGCGAGGAGUGA